AUGGCUGACACUAACACGGUGACAACAACUGUGCCCCUCCUCAUCAACAUCACCAGCAACGCCACCACGUCGACCUCUGCGCAGGUGGCCACGGUCAUCAACUGGCUGACCUUCAGCAUCGGACUGCCCGCCAUUGGACUGGCUAUUUACGCCCUCAAGAAUCUGUCCAAAGGUGACAAUAAAAUUCCCAUCCACGUCAUGUUCCUCCUGGUUUCUGACAUCAUCAGCUUCUUUGGUCGCCCCCCUGUGGACGACGGCGUGAACAGCGGGGCCAUCCUCUCCUCCAACGCCACAGACUUCAUCUUCUACUUCGGUGUCAUCUCCAAUAUCGCCCUUAUGUUGUUUAUAGCUCAGGAGCGACACGUCUCAGUGUCUUACCCGCAGUGUCUUGGCUGCUGCAGCAGCAUCCGGCGGUUUCCUGCUGUUGCCCUGGUGGCGUGGGCCGCUCCGCUGGCCGUCCUCGCCCUGGCUGUGCUCGAUUACAAACUCUGGUUUGCGGUGGCUCUCCUCGCCCCUUUCCCCUUCCUCCUUUUCUUCGCCCUGGACUCCUGGAGAGCCCUGAUGUGCUCCAACCCCCGGACACCAGAGAGGAGGAGGACAGUGUGGGGGCUUUGUGCUAUCUGGGCCAAUUACACCAUCCUCUACAUCCCCUUCAUCCUCAGCAUCCUGCUGGAGGCUCUGGCGUUUAAAGAGGUGGUGAGCUACCUGGGACUGGUGUCUCACCUGCUGCUGUACCUCGGCCCUCUGGUCGACCCCUUCCUCUAUAUAUUCAUGACCAAAGGGCUCAAAGAGGUGAUGCAGGCUCUGCCCUGCUGUCACAAUCAGAAGGAGAGCAGGAGACCUACUGUGGAUUCUGUGGCUGAGGCUGUGGAGACGAGACUCUGAGGAGGAGAUACAGAUUUCCACACACAUUCACUGCUUUAGUUUGGAUGAUAACUCGUACUCCUGUUGGAUUUCAGAGGCUAAAACAUAAAAUAACCUUAAUUUAAAGACAUUGAAACCAUAAGAUCUUAAAAAAAUCUGAAAACCAACAAGGAUUCUGCUGGAAAACGAGUUUCCCUUUAAUAGACACAUGCGUGAAUGUCCAUUCAUCCAUGAGCUGUACCACUUAUCCUUUGAGGGAGGAUUUUACCUUUAAAAGACAGGACUGUAGCUACGGUUACACCUCGCAUCCAAACUACUCUGGAGUUCUCAAGCCCAUAAAACGUAAAGUUGUGUAAACGCUGGUGGUCCCAUUUAGGUUUGAAAACUCAGGGGUUAUGUUUUAGUCUGG